AUGCUCACGUCGACCCGCAUGGCAUUUGGGGAACGUGACAACGUGAAACAAGUUAAAGUCUCACCAGGUCUUGUGCACCUCACGAGCCGAGGAUCCACCGCCCAGAGAGGGUCGUCUUGCCUUGUCCUGCGAGGCCAGGGUCUGCGGCCGAGAGAGGCCAGGGAGAGGAGAUUUAUCUUCAAAAUGGCGGCUGUAUCCGAGGCGAAAGCCGGACGAGGCCCGAUGCCAGAGAACGGCCCAGCUGCCCAGUGGCCUGACUCUCCCCAUUGCGGAAUGACGCAUUUCAGCCAGCUCGCCAGCUCGCCCGUUCGCCCGUUCGCCUGUUCACUUGAUGAGGCCACGACUAGAGUUGACGCUGCCUGGCCUAUUCAAACGAGGCCAGGCUGGGCCGGGCAGGGCAGGGCAGGGCCGGGCCGUGCCGUGCCGUGCCGUGCAGCGGCGUGCCAGGACAGCUGGGCCAGUUCGUGCCAGGCCUGUCAGGCUGAGCUGAGCCGAUACGGCCCUGCCCGGCCUGGCCUGGCCUGGCCUGGCCUGGCCUGA